AUGGCCCAUGUAGAAGAUAGGAAGAAUGAUACUUACAUAUAUGUGAUUUCAGGCUUGUUCUGCAUCUCUAUUUUAGCCGGUGGAGUGUUCUUGACAUUGUUCAUUACAUUACAAGAGACAUCGACGACAAUAUGGUUUGCUAUCAUAGGCAUGGUGCUUGUGGGGAUCCCAUGGGUGUUUUGGUUCCUAAUAUGCAUGUAUAGAUGUUGUACAUACCCUGUACCGGUCAAUGAAAAAUGUUUAUCCAACAGGAAAAAUGCACCACCAAUAGCCCAACCUGUUUCAGCUGCCACGACGAGCGGUGGCAUGGCAACCGGCAAAUCUGAUUCCCCAGUUGAUUCUCCAGGUGGGCGGCAUGUUCGCUUUGGAGCUGCUACUGUGGUAGGUGGUGGACAUGAUUCUAAUAGUGAGGAUAUGGAUGGAGCUGUAGAUACUGAAUCAGACAUUUCUCAUGAUGGACAAGAAGGGUACCAGGGGACCGAGAUAUUGUCGUCGGCCACAUUCUCAAAUGGUUCUCGUGAAUCUGAACAACCUCUAACCUUCUCAAUUUCAUCCUGA